AAUGUACAGUUUUUCCAAACUAAGAAAACUUUAUGUGCAAAGUCUAUCAUGUCAGCUCAGCUCUUAUCGCACUAUUGAAAAUGUUUUAAAGUGCAAUGAAAGAGUAGUAGAACCACAAGAAAAAAACGAUCUUUAUGGUUUUUUAAAAAACCAGUUUAUAAAGCAUGCUGAAAAAACAGCUUUGGUUGAUGCUAUAACAGAGCAAAAGAUUAGUUACAAUGAAAUAUUGCGUAAUUCAGCAAGCUUGUCUAAUUUUUUAAAGUUUCGAAAAAUAAAUUCAACUGAGUGUGUUGCAACUCAUAUUCAAAACUGUAUUGAAUACAUAUACCUAAUAAUGGGAUGUUUAAAAUGCCGUGCCACAAUCACUUUAGCUAAUCCUGCAUACACUCAUUUUGAAAUUAAUAAACAACUUAAAGAUUCCAAUGCAAAAAUCUUGUUCACUAAUAAACGUCAGAUUGAGAUUGCGCGAAAAGCUGUUGAAAAUACAAACACAGAUUUAGUCAUUUGUGUUGAUGAUUUUACUGUUAAUGACUGUGGAGUAAUAAAUCUGAGUGAUAUACUACAAAAUUUCAAUAACAAUCAAACAAUUACUUCAACUUCUGAACCAUAUUCACCCACUUCAGAUUGUACGCUUCAAAAUUCAAAGGUUAAUGACAUUGCGUUUCUUUUAUACUCGAGUGGAACAACAGGAUUACCAAAAGGUACAAUGCUUACACAUUCAAACAUAACUGUACAUCUUUUACAAUUGCUAGAGGCUUUUGAGUGGAAUAUUCAAGAAAGAAUAUUAGCUUUACUGCCGUUUUUUCAUUGCUAUGGAUUAAUUGUUGUUUUGCUUAAAGGACUGUAUUAUGGAAGCACAUUGUUUGUAGUUCCAGGGUUCGAACCUCAUUUAUUUCUUAGCACUAUUGAAAAAUUUCAAAUUCAAAGAGCACCUAUUGUUCCACCAAUUGCUCUUUUUUUGAAAUCAAACCCAAUUGUUGAUGAUUAUAACAUAUCUUCAUUGCAAAAAGUGAUUGUUGGUGCUGCCCCUCUAGAUGAAGUAGUUGCUUCAAGCCUUAAUAAAAAGUUUCCAAACAUUGGUUGGCAACAAGGUUAUGGAUUAACAGAGUGUAGUCCUGUAGUGUGUUUGCAAGUUAAUAAAACAACUCAAAAGUCUGGCUCUUGUGGAAAUGUCCUUCCAAAUACAGAAGUUAAAAUAAUUGAUUUGGUAAGUGGUAAUAAUUGUGGACCUAAUGAAAAAGGUGAAGUUUGGGUAAGAGGUCCUCAAGUUAUGAAAGGAUAUUUAAAUAACCCCCAAGCAACUGAUGAGUGCCUAAUGAAAGAUGGUUGGCUUCGAACUGGUGACCUGGGUUAUUAUGAUCAUGAUAAUACCAUAUUUAUUGUUGAUCGUUUAAAAGAGUUGAUUAAAUUCAAAGGAUUUCAGGUUGCUCCAGCUGAGCUUGAGGACAUUCUUCUUGGGCAUCCGAAUGUUGAUGACAGUUGCGUUAUUGGAAUUCCAGAUAAAAUCUCUGGAGAACUUCCACGUGCCUACUUAGUGAUAAAUGACAGUUCACUUUCUGAAGAGGAUGUUCAUAAUUAUGUUAACGAACGCAUUGCAGACUAUAAAAGACUACGUGGUGGUAUUGUUUUUGUAAGCAAGUUACCAAAGUCCCCCACAGGAAAACUUCUAAGAAGAGUUGUUAAAGAAGAAUACCUUAACAGUUUACCUUCACAGCCUUAAUUUUUUGAAUUUUUAAAAUGUUUAAAAGUUCUUUCAAUAAUUAUUUGUAAUUAAUUAA